AUGUUUCUUAAGGAAUGUUUAGUUGUUGUGACAUUGUACCAUGUAUUGUGCAAUGCCAUUCCAUUAAACACGGACGUGGAACCGACAUGUGGAUAUGAGGCCUGUAACCCCGUGAAGGAUGGCAUGCUGAAUGUCCACAUCGUUCCCCAUACUCAUGACGAUGUCGGCUGGGUCAAGACCUACCAGCAGUAUUACGACCAAGACGUGUCAUACAUCAUUUCAUCGGUGGUUGAAAAUUUAAAAGAAGACAUUAUGGGACAAAAGCGAUUCAUCUACGUGGAGAUGGCUUUUCUGAAAAUGUGGUGGCAGAAACAGGAUGAGAGCACAAAGGAGACAUUUAGAUCCUUGGUCGACAAAGGAAAACUGGAGAUUAUUCUCGGCGGCUGGUGUAUGAAUGACGAAGCCACGCCUUACUAUCUAGACAUCAUUGACCAACACAGCCUAGGGUUUGAAUUCAUCAGGAAGAACAUCGGGGAUUGUGGUAGACCCAAGAUCGGUUGGCAGAUUGACCCAUUCGGUCAUUCUAGGGAGCUGGGGUCAUUAUUCAAGCAGUUCGGUUUUCAUGGCAUGUUUGUUGGUCGCAUUGACUACCAGGAUAAAGAACAACGUCGAAAGACCAAAACGAUGGAGAUGGUUUGGAAGACUAGCGACUCACUCGGUAACCAAAAUGACAGCGACCUGUUUGUUGGAGUACUUGACAACGUUUACUGGCCCCCGAAAGGGUUUUGUUGGGACUACUGGUGUAAUGAUAGAGAAUUGGUGGACAGUUCGGAUUCUUACAAUGAAGCAAAAGUCGAUGACUUCAUUGGUUUGGUGAGAGCAGAGGCUGAACGAUAUGCGACGGACCACAUCAUGGUUGAGAUGGGAAGUGACUUCCAGUACAGGCAGGCUGAGAAAUGGUACCGAAAUCUGGACGAGCUUAUCAGACUUGUCAACGAGAGGCAAAACGAUCCAGAUUUCAAGAUGAACCUGCUCUACUCGACGCCUUCAUGCUACCUCUACCAGCUCCAUCGGUCUAACCGUACCUGGGGUACGAAGAGAGACGACUUUUUCCCGUUUGCUCACAGACCUCAUUCGUUCUGGACUGGAUAUUUCACAAGUCGCCCAAUCCUCAAACGUCUCGUGCGGACGGCUGGGGCGAUUCUUCAGACAUGCAAACAACUAUCAGCGUUAUCCGGCCUUCCACUGGAGGACUACCAGGACAUCGAAUAUCUGAAGGAAGCAAUGGCAGUAGUUCAACACCAUGACGGAGUAUCGGGCACGGAAAAACAAUUUGUUGCAGACGACUACACAAGAUUGCUCCAAAACGGAAUCAAUUACUGCGAGGGGCUUAUUCAGCGGAGCUAUAAUAAGCUUCUUCCUCUCAACCCUUCCAUGACCACGUCUCCAAACCAAAUAUUCUGCCCUCAACUGCCAUUGGCCUCUUGUCAGCUGACGGAAGACGAGACAAAGUUUACCGUUCUGGUGUACAACCCUCUUGGACGAGCUCGGCGUGUCUUUGUAAGAAUUCCUUUUCGAAAAGGAGAUUAUGAGGUUCGAGAUAGCAGCGGCAGGCUGAUAAGCCAUCAGGCUCUUCCAAUUACCGAUGAAACAAAGGCAAUUCCAGAAAGAAGUUCAAGGUCACGUGCUCAGAUGGAACUAGUGUUCAGUGUCCGUAUACCUGGACUUGGAUUUUCUACUUGCUUCGUUAAGCGUUUGAAGGAUGUAGAGAAGACAUUGGGAGAGAAGGUUUGGCUUGAAGACAAGAUCAUUCAGCUUGCCGAGGAAUCCUUUGGACCUGAACCUUACAGCGAGACAGUGGAAAUAAUCGAGAACCAGUUCUACACGGUGACAGUAAGCCGAGAAACGGGACGCAUCACACGUCUUUGGAAUAAGGCCGAAGAUGUUGCAGUCUCAUUGAAGCAAGAUUUAUUUUACUACAUUGGCCAUGAUGGGUACAAUUAUGAUGCAGCAACACAGGCAUCUGGCGCCUACAUAUUUCGUCCUCUGUCAAACACUCCAAAGAAAGCAAAUGCUGGCAAACGGGUGGCAAUUGUUGCGUAUAAGGGUGGACACGUCCAGGAGAUAAGACAAGUGUUCUGUGACUGGAUAUCUCAGGUGAUACGCCUCUACGACAACUCCUCGCAUGUCGAGAUAGAAUGGACAGUCGGACCCAUUCCUGCUGAGUCGUUCAAGGAAGGACGUGAGGUUAUUUCGCGGUUCACGAUUGACCUUGAGACGAACGGUGAAUUCUACACUGACCUCAAUGGGAGGGAAACCCUGCAACGCAAGAGGAAUCUACGUGAAACAUGGACUUUAAACCAGACUGAAAGAGUGUCGGGAAAUUACUAUCCAGUUACAAGCAGAACAUCUUUAAGGGACGAUCGCCGAGGAUUGCAAUUCACUGUUAUGGUGGACCGUUCAGAGGGAGCGGCUAGCAUUGUUGACGGCCAAUUGGAGCUGAUGGUCCAUCGCAGAACAUUUUAUGACGACUCACUUGGAGUAGGCGAACCGUUGUUAGAAAAGGGUGCAAGUGGCAAAGGGAUUGUUGUCAGAGGACGUCAUUAUAUAAUGCUGAAUAAAAUAGACAAUUCGGCGGCUGUUCACAGACCACUUUAUCAGGAGAUAUAUUUCCAACCUCUAAUAACGUUCUCUAAACAGAAUGCAGAGUUUACAUCAUGGAGUACAGUUUUUAAAACUGAAUGGUCGGAGCUUAACUUUGACCUUCCGCCAAAUAUCAACAUCUUGACACUGGACCUGUGGCCCGAUCCUUUGAUUCCAACGGACGAAGCUAUUUAGGCAUAUUGAGAUCGUCGAAAUCUUCGAGCUGUCGCUUGGGGCUAACAUGAGAAAGUCCGACAUUCAAACUUUGAAGUGGCGAACAAAAGAGAAAGUGCGGUCUACUACUUCAAGAGAAAGGAUAGCUCUCAACAAUGGAAGAACUGUAGAA